AUGAGCGUCGUCUAUGAGCCUAGGCCGUUCCUCCACGGGGAGUACCCCCCGAUCGGCGACGAGCACGAUCACGACAGCGCCGACCAACGAUUUACAGACUCCGAUGUUGCCCAACUCAGUCACUUCACGGCCGACGCGGCCGGUAUGCUCCAGGAUGACCGCGAUAUCAUGGACGAGCGGAGCAUGCUGCACGACCCUUCCGCCGGACCCGACGGCACCCGGAUAGACCUAUCCGCUGCAGACUUCCCAUCUCCCCUCGAUGCGCCCAUGUCGGCCGCCGAGUUGUCGCCAGCGCUCCCGGAUAGCGAGGGCCUGUCGCCUGGCGUCGACUCGCCGCCGUCUGGGCGAACAAAGACGAUCACAAAGCCUACCCGCGUCGUCGCCAAGCAAGCCGACGGCAGAUUCCACUGCCCGCUGGACGACUGCAAGGAGGAGGUCCAGUCCUUUCUGCGCAGGUGCGAGUGGAAUAAACACAUGGACAAGCAUGAGCGUCCCUACCGUUGCCAAACCGAGGGCUGCGAGAACCUGCCCGGCUUCACCUACUCAGGCGGCCUCCUCCGACACGAGCGCGAAGUGCACAAAAAGCACGGUGGUCCGAAGAACACGGUCAACUGUCCCCACCCAAACUGCAAGCGUCACACCGGCAAAGGCUUCUCCCGCCAAGAGAACCUCAACGAGCAUCUCCGACGCGUGCACACGAGCCCCGAGAGCACCUCACCACUGGCCGCUACCGCCGCUACCGCCACCAACGUCAUCGAUUCCGCCGCCGGCUCGCCCGACGCCGCGGCCGAGGAGACCGAGCGCGCCGGCGUGAAACGCAAGCGCCGAUCUAGCGAGGACGUGAUGAUGCCGGGCGGUGCCGCAACCAACGGCGCGUCGGACGAGGUCGCGCAACUCCGCGACGAGAUCAAGCGCGUGCGCAUGGAAAACGACAAGCUCAAGGCCGACAUGAAGCAGCAGGCGCAACAGAUGGAGCACCAGAUUGCCCAGCAGGCGCAGCAGAUUGAGCAGCAGGCGCGGCACUCCCUCGACAUGAUGGCGCAACUACACAGCCUUGAGGAGGCCCUGCGCCACAACCUCGGCGCUCCGACCGCAGCAAUGAUGUAA